ACAAGGCGCUCUUUAAGCUCCGCUGUUGCCACACAGAGCAGCCAUUCAUCGGCUCUGCUCUCAGCCACACACACUCCCAUGCUCAACCACUGGACGUCAAAAUUGAUAUAGCUGCGUUUCAAAAAGGAACCAACGUUGAGGAGGACUGGGCACUUUUUACGCAUCACCAUGGCUUUUCCUAAGUGUCAGAAAUAAACUUUGGAGACUUUCGACUUUUAUUAAAACAGUUUAAAUAAGAAUUUAAAUAGUUUCGCUAUUCUUUAAAUUAUAAGUGUUUUCUUAUCAGCUGAAGUGCUAUUUAAAAAUACAUACAAACAAACAAAAUAAAAAUGUCCGGUGAGGAGCACAGCCUGUCCGAGGCGGAGCUGAGUCCCGGUGGGUCAGAUGACGGUCACUCGCUUUCACCGACUCAGCCCGGAGCGCCACACGGCCAGGACUCGCCUCUGAGCGGGCCGCCGCAGCAGCUGACCGCACUCUGUGUGGCGGAUGGCAGCGGCGACGAUGGGAGCAGACAGAGGGCCAAAUCUGAGGAAGAGGAUGAUCGCUUCCCGAUCGGCAUCAGAGAGGCGGUGAGUCAGGUGCUCGACGGAUAUGACUGGACACUUGUGCCCAUGCCCGUGCGCGUAAACAACGGCAACAAAACUAAACCCCACGUGAAGAGGCCCAUGAACGCCUUUAUGGUGUGGGCGCAAGCAGCGAGGAGAAAACUGGCCGACCAGUACCCCCACCUGCACAACGCGGAGCUCAGCAAAACCCUGGGCAAACUGUGGAGGCUGUUAAACGAGAACGACAAGAGGCCAUUCAUUGAGGAGGCAGAGAGGCUGAGGAAACAGCACAAGAAGGACUACCCGGAGUACAAGUACCAGCCCCGGAGACGCAAAAAUGGAAAACUGAUGCCUACUAAUGAAUCUGAUAGUCAGGGGGAAGGGGAGGCCAGCCACUCCCAGUCACACUACAAGACCCUACACCUGGAUCACAAUGGUGGGGCCGGGUCUCCCCUGGGUGACCUGCACCACCACCAUCAUCAUCAUCACCAUCCUGCUGGUCAGGGUCACAGCCCGCCUACACCCCCCACCACCCCAAAGACAGAGCUCCAGUCUGGAAAACUGUCAGACAACAAGAGGGAGGGGGGAGCAGGAGCAGUCGGGGGAUCAGGGGGAUCCAGGGGAGCCCUUGGGGUGGGAGCUGAGGGGGCGUCUGGUGGUCCCUCAUCAUCAAGUGCUAAAUCCCACAUCGACUUUGUCACAAUGGACAUUGGGGAGAUCAGCCACGAGGUGAUGUCCAACAUUGAGCCGUUUGACGUCAAUGAGUUUGACCAGUACCUUCCUCCAAAUGGCCACCCCCAGAGCGGAGCCGGGGCCCCCUCGGCUGGUUCCUCUGCCUCCUCCUAUGCCUAUGCUCUGGCUGCUGCCAGCGGGCACUCCGCCUGGCUCUCCAAACAACAGCAGCAGCCUCAGGCCUCUCCGUCCUCCUCUGAUCCAUCCAAGGCUCAGAUCAAGAGUGAGUCUGCGUCUGGUAGCCACUACGCUGAGGCCUCAUCCUCUCCCUCUUCAGGCACCCAUGUCACCUACACCCCACUCAGCCUCCCUCACUAUGGCUCUGCAUUUCCCUCGCUGGCCUCCAGGGCUCAGUUUGAGUAUGGAGAGCAUCAGGCCCCCGGGGCAUACUAUGCCCACUCCAGCCAAGCCCCGGGGCUGUAUUCAGCCUUUUCGUACAUGGGCCCUACACAGAGGCCUCUGUACACUACCAUAGGAGACCCCUCCAGUGUGGCCCCCUCUCACAGCCCCACACACUGGGAGCAGCCUGUUUACACCACACUCACAAGACCUUGAGGCUGACCAGCUGAACAGAAGGAAAUAUGGGAAGUGUGUGAGUGGAUCUCUGUGCAUGUACAAAUACAUGAGCGUGUGAUUGUGUAUAUGUGCGUACGUCUGUGCCAUAUUAGAGGUUUUUACAGUUUUUUAGCCAAUAUAAUGCAAGAUGCACCCAUGGGACCUAACACAGUUUUAAACAGCCACAAACUCACACAGAACAAAGUGUGAAUCAUGGGCCAACAUCCAAAAUCAGAAGCAUGAGAACCUAAUAAAUGUGUGCCAUUGAAUUUCUGAGUUUGUGUACAGCAUGUGUGUAUACAUCAUGAGAGGUAGUUGAGGGACAGAGACACUGGGAAUGGGCAAAAGUUGGAUUAAUGAGCGACUUUGAUGACAUCCAGGGGUGAUGGGCUUAAACUGACAUAAUCAGAGUUUAUUAACCAAACUAAAGGAUCAUUUGAUGUUUAUGUGUUAUUUUAUGAGUAGUAAGUUUAUUGUCAUCGUUGAUAUCCUAGGGGGUAACUUUAUUGUGUCUGAUUUGAUAUUACACCUAUACACCUGCACCACUGCUUUGAGGAAAAGUUUUUAUUUUUUAUUUCUUUUAUUUUAGAUGAUUCCUGGGGUUGUUUUUUCAUGGCCAGAAAAGGAUAACUGCAACUUAAUUUUUUUCUUUUCUCUGUAGAUAGCACAGCUUUUAUUUCUGUUCUUCCUUUACACUGCCGUCUUUGAACUAAACAAAUAAGCAUUUAAGGGGAAAAAAUAGGAAAAAGAGAGGGAAAGAGAGCUCUUCAAGAUGUAUUUUAACUUAUAUUUCAGUCUUGGACAUUUACCUCAACUCUGUUUUGUGGCAACAGCAAAGCAGAAGUACAACCCCAGAUUCCUGAUUAAAGAAAGUGAAUUUCAGUGCAGUAAACUUCCAAUUUAUUUGUUUUUCUUUUAAGUGUUGAACAUUUUUUUUAUUUACCUUUAAUUUAUCUAAUAACUGAACUAAAAUCUGUAAGUACGGAGUAUCAACCAAAUCUUUUGAGAUAAUUGGCCAGCUAUGGGUCCUACUUAAGGAUUAGAAUCACAUGUACAAACGCUCUACAUGUAGGCCAAAGCCAUGCCUUCAUAUUUAGCGUCUCCUCCUAUGCUGUGCUCAAGCACCCUUCUCCCUCUUUAUCAAUGUGAAUAAUGGUCAUUACCACAACUUAGCCUUCAUGACAUGACACACUUUUUUUUUCAUUUUAUACUGACCCUUUUGCCAUGUAGUUGUUUUAUGUAAGUAAUAAUGUGUUGUGUCACAUCUUUGCUUUUUUCAUUUUGUAUAAUUCUGGAUAGUUUUGUAAAGUGUUUGCUACACAUUCACUUGAGUAUUUUGCUUCCUUACAAGAAAAGCAAUGUUGAAAUAUUAUUG